UCCUCCUCUCCUCCAGUCCAUCACACUCUUCCACCCCUCCACCACCAUGAACUCUGGCAAUCAGACCUCCCUCUCCAAUGACCACUGCACCACCACAACUUAUCUUAGUCUGUUCUGGCGCCUCUCGCAGGACAUCCAAAUCCUUGUGCUCCUUAUGGCCCUAUCAAUCUUAGUAACCCUGCAUGCCUUAAGACAAAGCAAACACCAGGGCCUGGCCGUGUGGCCUGUCGUCGGUAUGCUUCCCUCCCUCUUGCUCGGCCUCCGCAACGACGCACACGAGUGGUUGACCGGCGUGCUCCGUGCCCAAGGCGGCACAUUCACCUUCCGUGGCCCAUGGUUCACCAACCUCCAGUGCGUCGUCACCGCCGACCCCCGCAACCUCGAGCACAUCCUAAAGACCAAGUUCUCCAACUUCCCAAAGGGAGAGUACUUUCGGAACAUCGCCAGCGACAUGCUCGGCGAUGGCUUCUUCAACUCCGACGGCGAGGUCUGGCGUCGCCAAAGAAAGACGCUAAGCCUUGAAGUCCAUUCAGCUGACUUCAGGUCCGCGACAACCCAAUCUGUCUUCGAGAUCGUUCACUCGAGACUUCUCCCGGUGCUCGAGUUGGCCCAUGACAACCAGGCGCCAUUUGACCUCCAGGAUGUGCUGCUGAGGCUGGCAUUCGAUAAUUUGUGCAUGGUCGCCUUCGGUAUCGACCCGGGUUGCCUCCGGCCCGAGCUUCCGGAGGUGCCGUUCGCCCGAGCCUUGGAGAAUGCCACGGAGGCGACUCUUCGACGGUUCGUCGUGCCGACGGCCAUGUGGAAGGUGCUACGUUUCUUUGAUCUCGGGAACGAGAGGAGGCUGAAGAGGUGGUUGAAGUGCGUGGAUAAGUUCGCCUACGAUUUGAUUCGGACGAGGAAGGAGGAGAUGGAGUCGGGUGUGGAGGAGAAGAAGUCGGCAAGAUGUGAUCUCUUGACGGCAUUCAUGAAGUUGAAGGAUGAGAAUGGGAUGGCGUUUUCUGACAAGUUUCUGAGGGAUGUCUGCAUAAAUGUGAUCCUAGCGGGGAGGGAUUCAACGUCGGUGGUGUUAUCAUGGUUCUUCUGGCUGUUGAACCGGCAUCCGGAGGUAGAAGACAAGAUCCUUGAGGAGAUUAGGAGGAUGGUAGAGGAAAGAAAAAAUAACAUUGAAGGGGAAGGAGGGAAGAGUUUGGUGUUCGAGACGGAGGAGGUUAAGAGGAUGGAAUAUUUGCAAGCGGCUCUUUCAGAAUCUCUACGUCUAUAUCCUGCAGUGCCCGUCGAUCAUAAGGAGGUUGUGGAAGAUGAUGUGCUCCCUGACGGAACCAUUCUAAAGCCAGGAACAAAGGUUAUAUAUGCCACCUACUCUAUGGGGAGAAUGGAGAGCAUAUGGGGAAAGGACUGUAGGGACUACAAGCCAGAGAGGUGGCUCAAGGAUGGUCGCUUCAUGAGCGAGUCUGCAUACAAAUUUCCAGCCUUCAAUGCUGGACCAAGGCUAUGUUUGGGGAAGGACUUUGCUUACUAUCAAAUGAAGUUUAUUGUAGCUUCCAUCCUCUAUCGUUACCAUGUGAAGGUAGUUGAGAGCCACCCGGUGGUCCCAAAGUUGGCGCUAACCAUGUACAUCAAGUAUGGGUUGAAGGUGACCCUCUCUGUAAGGGAGGACUCCAAGCUUCUCAAGUAGUUGAUAAAGGAGCUCAGGCUUCAAGGAUCAAAUAUAAUUAAAAGCCUUGUUAAGUAUUUAUGUUAUGUACAUUUUAUAAUAAGAUGUUGUCCGUGCAUGUACAUCACUACUUUAUCUUAAGAAGAUGUCUUUUUAUU